AUGGGAUCCAAAACAGAAUCCAUCUCUCUCGAAGAGACCAAUAAACACAGAGCCGCCCUCGGUCUCUCCCUCAUCGGUGUAGCACCCGAGGGCGGCGAAGGGGAAGGAGCAGAGGUCCCGGAGGAUAGGGAUGCUAUCGCUGAAGCCAAUUAUGCUCAGAGGAGGGAGGAUAUGGCCAGGGAAAAGAAGGAGAAGGAGACGAGGGAAAGGAUUGAAAAGGCCCGUAACAAGGCUGCGUACAACGCAAAGAUGAAAGGCUCUACUCUUUCUCAACCCUCCACCGACGACUCUCUCUCCGCCAAAGACUGGAUCAAGAAACAAAAGAAACGUGAAAAGCAACGUCAACAGCAGCUUGCCAAACAGCGGGAGCUUGACCAGGCUGAAGCGGAUAGGAUCGCUGAAGAGGGGUACGGGGAGGAAGACUUGAAGGGUCUGAAAGUGGGGCACGAGGCGGAAGAGUUUGAGGAGGGAGAGGAUGUGAUCCUGACCUUGAAAGAUAGCGGUAUCCUUGGAGGGGAAGAAGACGAGUUGCAGAACGUGAACCUUGCAGAGGACGCAAAGAUCAAGGCGGCGCGGGAGAGAAAGCGUAAAGCCCAAGCUGCCUAUACUGGAUACGAUGACGAGGAGUUUGAGGACGAGGGUCGUAUAGGCGAGCGAGGAAGCGUGCUGGCAAAGUACGACGAGGACUAUGCGAAUCUUGGAAAGGGCGGCGGCUUGAAGAGUGAGGGAUUCAGGUUGGGAGGCGCGGUGGUAGAGAAAAAGAUCAAGGCAGAUGAAGACGUGGAGAUGGGAUCUGCACCAGCGCAGAAGGUCAAGCUGAACCUCGACUAUGCCAAGGAGUUUGAGGUAUCCGACUAUGCAAAAGAGGGCGAUGCUGGCUUCAAGAAGCCGAAGAAGAAGAAGGCCAAGCGCUCUACCAGACGUGCGCAAGACGACGAGGAUGAAAUGGCAGUCGAUGGAGAGCCCACGUUCACAAGGCGGGUUGUGGAAGACGGACCGGAAAAUCUGGUCGACGACGACGACCUCCAAGCGGCCUUGGCGAGGACAAGACGUGCGAAUGCAAAGAAGAAACCGAGAGCCAAGCCGGAGGAUAUUGCUGCACAAAUUGCGCAACAGAGAGAAGAGGAAGACAGGAAGCCAAAAAUCGAGCAAGACGCAGAAGCUGAAUCCGGCCUCAUUACCUUGGAUGAUACUUCUGAAUUUGUUCGCAACGUCUCACUCGACUCUCGUGCUCUCCCCGUCAAGCGUGAACGCCUUUCUCCCGCGCCUUCUUCAACUCCUGCGCCUGCAGGCCCCUCCGAUACUGCUGCCGCAACUCAGGAGCGAGUCACCGUCAAGAUCGAGCGACCAGAAGAGGGGGAGCUGGAUGAGGAUGAGGAGAUGACCGAAGAAGACCAAGAGCUCGCCGAGAUGGCUGCGCGAGAAGGUUUGUCGCUGGAAGAAUAUCGCCAGAAAAUCGAUAACCAGAUGGUGGAAAUGGCCGCUCUCCAAGCAGCUCAGGCCGAAAAGGACAAGGAGAAUGAGCCCGAGCCGACUGUGGGCCAAGGUAUGGCCGGCGUCCUCGCAUUGCUCAAGCACCAGGGCGCUUUGAAGUCACGAACGGCUGAGGAUGAAGAGCGCGAAAAGGUUCAGAAGCAAAAGGACCUCUGGCUCGCCGAUUACAGGCGAAGAAUGGCUCAGCGAGAGCUGGAAAAGAUCAGGUCGAGAGGAGGUGACAAGGAUCAAGCGCAGAGAGAAUGGGAGAACAGGAUGAGGGAGCAGCAGGAGGCAAAGGACGCUCUUGAGAUCUACAGGAACUACAAGCCAGAUGUCCAAAUCAACUACCACGAUGAGUUUGGAAGACAGAUGACACCGAAAGAGGCUUGGAAGAGUCUCUCUCACAAAUUCCACGGCAAGACGUCUGGUCGUAUGAAGACUGAGAAACGACUCAAGAAGAUCGAAGAGGAGCGCAAGCAACUCUCUAUGAACUCGUCAGACACUCCAUUGGGGAUGACCAAUGCCUUCAACCGAAGGCAGCAGGCGACUGGCGAGGCGCAUAUGGUUCUGAGUGUCGGAAACAAGCAGUCAGUGCAGUCGAGUGGAAGCAAAAAGCGUUAG